CACGCCAAGACCAAGGGGGGGUCGUACCCCGUACAUAAGGAAUAUGUAACGUUGUGGAGAGAUAUUCUUGAUAUGCUAGAGAACAUGAGAUUGAAAAGCCUGUGAUAUGUGAACGAUUAUGAAAUUUCGUAACUAGCUUAUAAUGGAGAUACAGAGAAAACUUGAUUUGAUCAAUUCUCUAAUAAAAAACAAAUAUGUUCCUAUUAACACGGAUACAUAGUUUCAAAUUUGAAUGGUUUCUGAUAGCAGACACAUCACAAAGUAUUCCUACACAGUAUUUUAUUCCGACACCUGCGACCGGAAGUACUUUUAUUUGUUUGCGAUAUUACAAUCGCUCAAGACACCGCCAGCCUUUUCAAGCUAACGAACACUGCCUCGCAAUCAUACACCACUUAAUGUGAGCUCUCUGUAAGCUGGACUAAGUUGUUGUUUCCAACUCGGUUGUGUAACCUCGCCGGAUGGAGAUGGACGACGAGCUGGAUACCUUCAUCAGGGAACGCAAGGCGAGGGUGGCAGAGGAUAAAGCCUGUUUACAACAAGACCCCCCAUACAUGGAAAUGAAGGCAAAACCCUACCGAGGCUACGGGUCUACUGUUAAGGAGAACAUCCCUCCUAAGUCAAAAGCACAGGGAAGAGGUAUAGAUCCUGGCCACAAUUUGUCACAGGAGAGCUGCAGUGUGGGUCUCCCCCUUGGUGUGGAGUACGAGAGGAAGAAACAGAGGCUGCAGCACGAGCUUCGUAUGGACUACAGGCGCUACAUGACUGAGAAAAAACAGUUUGAACCUGUUGAGACUGCAGGACCAUUACUCCAGUUCAAUAACAGGAGGCCUGUCAAGCCACACCUGUCUGUGCUCAAACAGAAGGACGCAGCCACUCUAACAGAGGAGAGCAGAACGCUACACAGGCCUCUGUGCCUAGCUGAGGAUGAAGAGAGGCAGUCACCAGCACUCAUGAGGCAUCGAGACAGGCUGGGGAGGCCAACGGACCAAGAGUCAGAGGAAGAGGAGCGUAAAGAUGAACUGGAGCUGAUUGAAGGGACGAGACGUAUGGCAGUUAAUGGCAAUCAUGAGAAGAGACGACCUACAAAGACCGAUGGCAGGGAAGAUUCAGCUGGUGUUACCAGAGAUGGACAGACAUCCAGAGUGCGGAACAAAUCUGCAGAUGCUGAGUUUGCCACCGGUCUUUUAAUAGGUUUCAGAUGCGGUCCCGUGUUUUCAGGAACAGCUGAUACACGUGAGGCUUUGCAGAGGAGGAAGGAGCGCUACCGACAGGAGCUGCAGGAGCAGAUAGCUGAGCAGCACCGCAACAAGAAGAGGGAAAAAGAUUUCGAGUUGAAAGUCGCAGCAACAGGAAUAAAUGACCCUGAGAAACAGCCGGACCGAAUCAGACAGUUUGGACUGAGCAGAAGAAAAGGUGGCCAGGUGUCAGAUCCUGUAACCACAGGUGAUAGAUCAUCAUCAAGUGCUCUACCUGACAUCGAGAAGAUUGGUGCUAGAGAGAGGGAAAUGCCUCCCCCCGAGCAGGCUCACGUGGCCUUCCAGUCCCCUUUGCUGGAGUAUAGCUCUGCUCUGGGCUUAGCUGGAGGUGGUUUGCCUCCCAACAGCCAGCCUGCCAACCCUGUGACGUCCAUGGACAUCCCUAGAUAUCCUCUGUUUCAUCCCCGCCCACCUCCUUCAGUGAGCGAUGCAUACAGAAGCCCCUACAUAGAGCCACAUCACUACUACGCCAACAGAAGCAUGCUUGAUCCAAACAUGGCCUACUAUGGGCACAUGCCUGCUCCUGGUGCUGGCUUUCCCACGCCCUACUUGAAUGUACCGCCGGGGGAAGCCGUGCCCAGCCAGCUUGGUAACCACAGCCCUCACAGCCAGCACAGCGACAGCAGCUUUCCAGAGCCUCCUAUGCAGCCCAGCAACGAGACGGCUACUGGGCCAUCACGAGCCAACAUAUUCCCUUCAGAGAGAUCCAGAUCAGCCAGGGAAAGGAUUUUGAGCUACAGGGAUGCUCUGAAACAACAGGAAGCUUCCACGAGUGGAAACGGCGAGCUUUACAGCAAGAUCCAGGAGCAACAGGAGCGGAGGCAUCAGGAGAGGGAGGAGAGGGAGCGUUACGAGGCUCAGCUGGAGGCUGACAUGAAGAACCACCAGCCCUGGGGGAGAGGCGGAGGAGGAGCGCCGCUGAGGGACAGCACUGGAAAUCUCAUUGCUGAUCUCAGUCAGAUGCACAAGCUGAACGAGGAGGCGUACAGCAACCCGGAGCAGCGGCAGAGGAGAGCCACGGCUGCUGCGGCAGCCAGCCGGACUGAGCACCUGGACCCCAAUGAGAGGGUUUCUGGCUUCACCCAUGUACAAACACCGCAGUUUGCCAGAGGCAAAGUAUUUGCCAGCCAGCCCACAGAGCAACAGCUCCAGGAGCAGGACAAGUACAAAGCUUACCUCAAACAGCAGAUCGAGGAGAAAAUGCGUAAAAGGGCAGAAGAGAGAGAACGAAUCAGGAUGGAGGAAGAGAAGGAGGAGAAGAGGCUGGCAGAGCAGAGGGCUCGCAUCCAGAGGGAGUACGAGGAGGAGCAAGAGAGGAAGAAACGAAAGGAAAUGGAGCAAAAGGCCAAGAAUGAGGAGCUGAUUCAGCUGGCUGAACAGAGGAAGAAGGAAGCUGAGAGGAUAAAGAAGGAAGCAGAGGAGAAGGAGAGUGCGAUACUGAGGAGACAGUAUGAGAGCGAGAGACAGGCACGAGUGGAAGAGGUCCACAGGGAACCCUCACCUCCAAUCCCCACUCUGCAGAAGAAAUGUGGUAUUCACCAGUAUACCCCCAGACCUCCCACUGUUGACAGCCAACACUCUACAGUCCCAUCGUCUGAGCGGUCUCUGUCCGGUCUGCAGUCCCCUCCCGUCCCUGCUUGUAGGAACCAGUUGCGAGCUGCAGGAGACCGUUGCGAUCUGUUCAGUGAGCUGUCAGCAUUGCGUCGGCAGCUCCGCAAUGAACAAAAACGCCUGGAAGGUGACCUGCAGCAGGCGGAUUGGGAGGAUUUAGAGUCUCCUCUGAAUAACAGGUAUCGCGAGCGUCCUGUGGUGGAUGUGUUUGAUAUGGCCAGGCUGAGGCUCCAGGCUCCGAUUCGUAGGCCUAACUCUAGAUAUACAGAGCCACGAAAUUUGUUACGGAUCCACGACUCCCUUCAGCUCAAGUACAGAGAUGAAGAAUUGAGGUUGGACUCCAGUGAAGAUCCUAAACUAGUGGAAGUAGGUGGGACCAGCAGACGGAGGCGGGACUACAGGGAUUCAUAUCACCAGUUGAGCAGCCAGAGGUCUACGGUCCAGGACGAUUAUUUCGACCUGUCCCCACCACAGCAAAAUGAUCUACUGAGGAGCGAGACCAGGGGAUCUGCAAGAGGUUCUCUGCUGGAGUCAGAGAGUGCUUUCAUUGACCCUCUAGGCGAUGGCUCGUCAGUGCUGCAAACCCCAGAACCCGAGAAGACUCGUCAGCUGUCGGCCCGGGAGAGGAGGAGGCUUUCCAGACAGUCACAGCGCCCACAGGAGCGAGCUGCUUCUGGCCACCCUGUUGGUCGUCAUGAUGAUUACUCCGACCACGCAGUAACCAGACAGCGGCAGAAUGAGGAUGGGGAAUGGGGAAACCAGAAGAGGACGGGUCAUCAGGCUCUCAGUCGUCGUGGCAACACAGCUGCACCGCUGGAUCUGUCUGACGACGACGCCUCUCCUCCGCGGUUUUCUCUUCAUAAUCGUCAGGGCUCUAUAGAAACCGAUCGCUGGAUACGGCCAGAAACAUCGGACACGCUGAAGUGUUUACACCAUGUGAUAAGAAGGGAGCGGCUGGCAACGUAGCACCUUGUCUCCUAAGAUUUGGAGGUGUAAGUUACUGUGAAGGCAAAGAUGUUUCUCUUUUUUCCUGUUGAAACCUCAGUGUCGUAAUCCACUGUGGGAACCCUCGUGUUCUUUUACAUGUAAAUUAUUUUUUUAUUGAAUAUAUUUUUAAAUAAACUAUAUUUUACUUUUA